AUGAGUGACGCCGAGACGGUGUGCACCGGAGACUCGCCCCUGUCGCCUUGUAUGUGGACGCAUCCCGUUGCAGCACAAGUAGCAGCAGCUGAAGUAGCAGCAGCAGCAGUAUCCGAUAAAGAAGAAGAAGACGUUCCACUCGUAGCGAAGUCGGAGCCAGCGGCCACUGCUCCGCUCUUCCGGAGCAAUUCCCGUCGCUUCGACCGCUCCCAGCGCCUCCCACGCCACGAGCUGCAGCUGUCGCCUGCGUCCCAACUCGAUGUCCUUGCGCAGAUCAGUGAACUCGCUGACGCACAGUCGCGACAGUCCAUUGCAACGGACAUACCCACGCGACAACCAAAGCGUUCGAGUGUAUGGGGUCCUGCUAUGCAGACGGCAAAGCGGACGACGACCGCUCGAUUGACUGUGCCCUCCCGAACAUCGACAAAGAGGCAGAAGCACGUGCCAAAGCAGUCCGCGCGGUCACAGGCCGAGCGACUCGCUGCCGACAUGUUGGACUGGGAGACGUGCAGCGAGGGCGAGUUGUUUGCGCUUGACGGUGAAGAUGAGGACGACCUGUGGGUGUACGAAGACAUUGUCGACAGCGAUUUUGAGACGUGA